AAAAAAAAAAAAAAAAAAAAAAAAAGAUCCAAACCUUGUCGGCCUUCUUUUCCCUGAGUCAAUCGCUCGUGUUGACAUCUUCAUUUUGACACUCCUCACCAGCCCUCUCCCCCCUCCUAUACAGACUGCCACCGGCCCACAAUGGCCCCCGACGAGGUCACCGAGGCACCUCAGGUUGAAAUCACCGCCGCCGAUCCUCCGACCUCGGGCAAAGGAAAAUUCGGCAUCAAGGCCUUUGGCAAGAAGGACAAGUCCGCGAACGCCCAGGAGCAGGACGUCGAAAAGGACGGCAUGGGGGGUGACACGCCCGAGCCGGAGCUGCAGCGGAAGCUGAAGAGCAGACACUUGCAGAUGAUUGCCAUCGGUGGAACGAUUGGAACUGGUCUCUUUAUCAGCAGUGGAACGGCCAUCGCGAACUCCGGACCGGCCGGAGCGCUGAUUGCCUACAUCUUCGUCGGAUCUAUCGUCUAUUCGGUCAUGACCUCGCUGGGUGAAGUCGCGACGUACAUCCCUAUCCCCGGAUCGUUCACCACCUACGCUGCGCGCCUGGUCGACCCCAGCUUGGGUUUCGCCAUGGGAUGGAUUUACUGGUUUAACUGGGCUUCGACGUUUGCGGUUGAAUUAACGGCGACGGGUCUGAUCAUUCAGUUUUGGGACAAGGACCUGUCGAUUGCCAUCUUUAUUGCCAUCUUCUGGGUGCUGAUCACCUUGCUCAAUUUCCUCCCGGUGGGAUUCUACGGAGAGCUCGAAUUUUGGUUCUCGUUGAUCAAGGUCAUUACGGUCCUGGGUUUCAUGAUCUUUGCCAUCUGCAUCGAUGCUGGUGUCGGACAGCAAGGAUACCUCGGGUUUAAAUACUACCACACCCCCGGCGCCUUUGCUCCUUAUCUGAUCGAGAACAACGAUGCGACGGCCAAGUUCGUGGGUUUCUGGGCCGUGUUGAUCCAGGCCGGUUUCUCCUACCAGGGAACCGAACUUGUGGGUGUUGCCGCCGGUGAGACCGAGAACCCCCAGGUCACCGUCCCGUCCGCCAUCCGCAAGACGUUCAUCCGGAUUCUCGUCUUCUUCGUGCUCACCAUCUUCUUCAUCGGUCUUCUCGUUCCCUACGAUAACCCAAACCUCAUCUCGGACACCAACGACGCAUCGGCUUCCCCCAUGGUGAUUGCGGCCAAUCUGGCCGGCGUCAAAGUCCUGCCCCACAUCAUCAACGCCGUGCUUCUUACCGUCGUCCUGUCUGCCGCCAACUCGAACGUCUACAGUGGCAGUCGUGUGCUCCUGGGUCUCGCGCAGGAGGGCUUCGCCCCCAAGAUCUUCGGCUGGGUCACCAAGAAGGGUGUCCCUUGGAUCAGUGUCACAUUCACCGCCCUGUUCGGUCUUCUGGCGUUCAUGAACGUCUCCAACUCCGGUGGUACCGUCUUCAACUGGCUCGUCAACAUCUCCGGAGUCGCUGGGUUCAUCUGCUGGUGCUCCAUCAACCUCAGUCACAUCGCAUUCAUGCGUGCGCUCAAGGCGCGGGACCUGUCCCGCGACACGCUACCCUACAAGGCCAUCUGGCAGCCGUGGUUGGCCUACUACGGACUCUUCUUCAACACCCUGAUUAUCCUGACGCAGGGAUUCACCGCGUGGAUUCCCACCUUCAACGUCUCCGAUUUCUGGGUCGCUUAUAUCUGCCCCAUUCUGUUCGUCAUUCUCUACCUCGGCCACAAGCUCGUCUACCGCACUUCGUUCGUGGACCCCUUGCAGGCGGAUCUGGACACCGGGCGGCUGCAGAACUUCUCGUGGGAGACGUCGACUCCCAAGACGUGGCAGGAGCGCAUCCGGGAGAGAAUUUAGAUAGAAUUAAUGUUUAAGGUGUUGUAUGAGGUCGAUGUACGGGGUAUGUGUAACGAUGCGAAGUUGAUGCAUUAUGGAGUUUGGUGUUUGAUUUGCCGUUGUCCAUUGCAUGGCUUAGUCGAUUCUAGCAUAUAUUAUUUCAAUUGUUAAUAUC